CUGGACUUUUGAGUGUAUACAUCAUUAAAAAGCUAUAUAAUGUUCAUUGACCACCGUGUCUUUGGGUUCGCUGGAAAACUAUCUCAAGAUUCUACAUCACUCUAUUUGCCUAAGUUUGUGCCAAUUUCAGGGUUAGACUCGCUUCGAUGGGAAGAUCAGCAGAAGAUAAGGAAAAACGUAGAAGGUGUUGGAUCUUCUUCGAGUGCGCUAACAUGGAAGUAAAGCUGUACGACGAGCUUCUGAUCUGGAAACCACGCUAGAAGCUCAAUCGAAAGAAAUAUGGUCCAUUAAGGAUGAUCUCAAAAAGCAUGUGGAAACAUCGGAGCUGCGAGAAAUGCUAGAAGCAAACGAGCAAGAUUUAGCUGGAUCUGAAUUUGAUUUGCGUGAUCGAUGGCAAAGACAGUAUUUCGAGCAAAAGAAACGGCAACAACAUUCAAAUGGAGAUGACGAUGCUGAAGGAACUCAUGGGUCUGCUGAAUACCAUCGGACACCUAUCUUAAGUUUUGAACUUGGCGGGAGAGGCCAAGGGGGUAAUUCUUGCUGCAACAAUGCAGCGGAUGGUCCAGCGCUCAGAGUUUUGCCGCUGAAUUAUCAAGUCCCCAAGGACAUGCAUAAGGUAGCGGAAAUCCCAGUCCUGAGAUUUUCACCCGUGAACUACCAGCGUCAGAAGGACACUAUAGAGACUAAAUCACCAGCCAAAAAAGAGAAAUGUGCAUCCCCUGAAAGUAAGUGAGCUAUUUCUUGUAGUUAAGCAGCCCAUCAUACGGAGUGUGCACAUUAAUCAAUAGAGAUAUCAU